AUGCUGCGAAACCUUGUUCAAAAGAUACGAACACUGCUGACACCCUUCAUGUCAGAAAUCAAGGCUGCUCGAACAAAAGAGGACAAGAAAAUGGAAGAUCGUGAUGCUCAAUUGAACAAUUUUGCUCAAAGAAAAGCGUUGAAGACUAUGAUGGAAGAAGAAGAAGCAUCCGAAUCCGAGCAGAAAGCCGAGGAACAGCAGUCGUUGGGGAUGUCAAAAGAAAAAGCAGACAAACUACUCACCUCUAAGCCAACAUGGGCAGAUUUCAAAACAGGCCACCUGGUCAACAACGUGCACAGAAGAGUGCGGAACACUGUUGUUAAUGACGUCUCGUUUUGCAAGGCGUUUGGAAAAAUGUCAAAAUGCUAUGUCAUCUGG